GUGAGGGCAGCAUGAGUGACCUGAGUGUGCCUUUGGGCAUAGUUAGCAUUCAUUUUUGAUUAGGAGAAAGACGAUGGUCUCCUCUUGAAAGGCAAAGCUUCCGUGACUGCAGGAGUUCGGGAUUCUCUGAAUUUCAAGAAUAGUGAAGUGGGAGCAUAGCAGAUGGUGUAUGAAAGCCAGCAUGCAUAUUAGAAAGAAGGCUAAUGAAGAAAAGUGACACAAAUCAGGUACACCAUUGAGUUCUUUGGGAGGCACAAAAGUGUCUGGUUGGGAAGCUUAUGAAAUAAAAGACAAGACCCUGCCUCAGGAAGCGUACAUGAGAAUAAUUUUAAAGGAAACUAUCGAUAAAUGCAGAACAGUAGCUGUUGGAGGUGAUGGAAAUGUACUGGAACAAUGGGAGAAGCUGGUAACUCAUAGGAAGCCAAGAUGACAAGAAUUUUUUUAAGUAAUCCAAGGAAGAAUCUUGUUGAAAAAUGAGGUGAACACAUGCUCGGGUACUCAAGAACCCUGGACAGCUACAUGAGGUGUUUAAAAACUGCCCUGACCACCAUUCUACCCAAGUCCCUGUCAUGAGGCCUGACAGGAUGAGCACGCCUUCGAGGGCCAGCAUCCUGCUCCGGAAAAACUCGGACUGCUGACCUGCCGAGAGCAAGCAGGGGACUGCCUGUUGUCUGCCAGUACAAUGAAGGAAGUGGUUUAUUGGUCACCCAAAAAGGUGACAGACUGGCUGCUGGAGAAUGCUAUGCCAGAAUACUGUGAGCCUCUGGAACAUUUCACGGGCCGGGACUUGAUCAACCUGACCCAAGAGGAUUUCACAAAACCCCCCUUGUGCCGAGUCUCCUCCGACAACGGGCAGCGGCUCUUGGACAUGAUAGAGACCUUGAAAAUGGAGCACCACAUGGAAGUACACAAGAACGGCCAUGCCAACGGGCACCUCAGCAUUGGCACAGACGUCCCCACCCCUGACGGCAGAUUCAGCAUCAAGGUCAAACCCAACGGGAUGCCAAAUGGGUAUAGGAAAGAGAUGAUAAAGAUCCCCAUGCCGGAACUGGAGCGCUCCCAGUACCCAAUGGAGUGGGGCAAGACUCUUCAGGCCUUUCUUUAUGCACUUUGCUGUUUCGUUCUCACCACAGUGAUGAUCUCGGUCGUCCAUGAACGAGUACCUCCUAAGGAGGUGCAGCCUCCACUACCGGACACGUUUUUUGACCAUUUUAACCGGGUGCAGUGGGCCUUUUCUAUUUGUGAAAUUAACGGCAUGAUCCUUGUAGGACUCUGGUUAGUUCAGUGGCUGCUCUUAAAAUACAAGUCUAUUAUUAGCAGAAGAUUUUUCUGCAUAGUUGGCACGCUGUACCUGUAUCGGUGUAUUACAAUGUAUGUAACUACACUCCCAGUACCUGGUAUGCAUUUCAACUGCUCUCCGAAGCUUUUUGGAGACUGGGAAGCCCAACUGCGGAGAAUAAUGAAGCUCAUUGCUGGCGGUGGCCUGUCCAUCACUGGCUCUCACAACAUGUGUGGGGACUAUCUGUACAGCGGCCACACGGUCAUGCUCACACUCACCUACUUAUUUAUCAAAGAGUAUUCCCCUCGACGACUCUGGUGGUAUCACUGGAUUUGCUGGCUUCUCAGCGUAGUUGGAAUCUUCUGUAUUCUCUUAGCGCAUGACCACUACACUGUGGACGUGGUGGUGGCAUAUUACAUCACUACAAGACUCUUCUGGUGGUACCACACUAUGGCCAAUCAGCAAGUGCUCAAAGAAGCUUCCCAGAUGAACCUCUUGGCCCGGGUGUGGUGGUACAAGCCAUUUCAGUACUUUGAAAAGAAUGUCCAAGGAAUUGUACCUCGAUCUUACCAUUGGCCCUUCCCCUGGCCAGUAGUCCACCUCAGUAGGCCAGUUAAAUACAGCCGGUUGGUGACUGACACAUAACAGCUGUGCAAAGUGGGGGAACGAGGACCUGUCCGAAGUGCUAAGAACUCCACGAGAGAAGAUGCCAUAAAAUAAACACCUCCCUAAUCCCACUAUCUUUCAACGGUUACCUUGACUUAACCUAUUGAGUUACCUGGUCAGCACUGUGAUCUUCUUUUUCUCUCCAAAGGACCUGAGUUGGACAACAAUAAAGAAAAUCUAACCUAUCAUGCACUGUACACAGUUCCUGUUCAUAAGUCUGGGAUUUACAUAACCCACAAUCACCAUGUUCCUUUGUAUAUGAUGCAACAGCAUAAAUGUAAGCUUUUGUAUCCUAAGUUCUGUUUUUUCCAGUCACAUCUGGAAAUAAAGCGUAUUAUUUUUCUUGGGAAAACAUACUUUUCAUAUCUCUUGCCCCAAAGAUUGGGCUGUAAGCCAUUUUCUAGCAAAUGUCUCUAUGAAGGUUUCUAAGUACCUGAAUGGGGUCUGAUUCUGAAAUCUUUCUACCUGUUGCACCGAUAGUCAAAAAUGACAGACACAGAAAGGUUUAGUAACUUUGGGUUUUGUAAAAUCAGCAGAGACAGUGUGUCAAAAAGCGCAAAAAAAAAAAAAAAAAAGAUUCUGUUAUAAAGUGAUUUUCUAAGUAUUUCCUAACUUUAUUUUUCAAAUGAUGUUAUGAAAACCAAAUUUCAAGAUUUUUACAUGUCAAAGAGAAGAGAGUUAAAAUUUAAAAAUGCUUCUUGGGAGAGAAAUUUGUCUAUGUUUCUAGUGCCUUUCUUGUCUUGAUUGUAUGGUCAGUAGGCAAUCUUAAAAAAAUGUUUUUAUUUAAAGUAUUCCAUGAAAAUAUAAAUGUAUGUAUACACUACUAAAUUUUGCAUUUAUAGCUAAAUUAAAUCAGAAGACUGCUUAUGGCUUUUCAGUUGCUCUGAAUUACAGACUGGGGGGAGGGAGGGGAGGGGUAAUCAGAAAGUCAGAGCCGGCUCUCAUAUUGUGAGCCUGCGGCAACGACAUGGCCCACUUACACUAUUUUACCUGUUUGGUGGUUCAAUUUUAACUCUACAGUGAAAACAGCCAUGAAUACUUCUUUUUUUAAAAGCGAGUUUUGAAAAUGAUCACUUAACUAAAACUUGAAAGCUAUAAAUUAGUUAUCCAUACUCUCAUGACAAUUUUGUUGGUGAACAACAAAAAAGAGAUCUAUUUCUUUAAAAUAUAUUUGUGCAGAAACUGCAUGUAAUUCUAAGUUUUGCUCCUAACAAAAGGAUGUUUGGGGAAGUAUUCUAUUCUAUACUUGCCAAUGUGGAGAACAAAAUAGUUUUUUAAGAAUGAAGAAUUAUAUAUAUCCAUUCUGUAUUUUAUGUGCAGCAGAAUUAUCUUCCGUAGGGUUGUUUUUUUUGUGUGUAUUCACAAGGUGAUAUUUGUAUUGUAAAACAAUAAUGGUGAAGGAAAUAAAAAGGCUUUUAAAAUUUGGUUUGUUUUAAAUCUUUGUAAAGUUAUUAUUCCAGAGAGUAUACUGAUAUCUUAACAGCUUACCUAGAUCGUAAAUUAAUCAAAAUGCACUUUUUAAUAAAACUGAUACUUAAAAAAUAA